CAAGCUCAUGUGGCUGCGCCUUGGUACGUAGCUGCUCUGAGUGAACAAAUUGCACAGAAAAGAUGAAAUUUGAGGAUCUCUUGCUGGAAAUUGGCAGCUUCGGCAGAUUCCAGAUUUUGAUUUUGUUUAUCCUCUGCCUCCCAAGAAUCAACCUUCCCAUGCAUUUUCUGCUGCACAAUUUUCUUGCUGCUACUCCCUCUCAUCACUGUGCGGUUCCACACCAAGAGGCAUUUGUGAACCUCACCGUGGAGGAAGUUCUGCUCAUCAGCAUCCCCCAGGAGCCUGAUGGCACUUUCAGGUCCUGUGAGAUGUUCUCGCAGCCUCAGUUUCACCUGCUGCUCAAUUCCUCUCUGCAACCAGAAAACGACUCCAUCAUUCAGCCCUGCCAGCACGGAUGGGUCUAUGACCACUCGCAGUUCGCCUCCACCAUCUCCACCCAGUGGGACCUCGUGUGCGAGCAGCGUGGACUGAACCAGGCGACAGCAACCUUCUUCUUCAUUGGCGUGACGAUGGGGGCCGUGGUCUUCGGAUACCUUUCAGACAGGUUUGGACGGAAAGCCAUGCUCCUGCUGUCCCUUGUGUGGUCCCUUGUCUUUGGGAUGCUGAGCGCCGCCUCCGUCUCCUACAGCAUGCUGGCCAUCACGCGGACCCUCACCGGGGUGGGCCUGAGCGGCGUCUCCCUUAUCGUGUUGCCUUUGGGGAUGGAGUGGGUGGACAUACAGCACCGCACCUUAACCGGGAUCCUGACUAGCAUCUUCUGGAGCAUCGGGAACAUGUUGCUGGCCAUGGUGGCAUACUUGGUGCGGGAAUGGCACUGGCUACUGGUGGCCGUAACAGGACCUUGUCUUCUGAGCAUCGUCUGCCUGUGGUGGGUCCCGGAGUCUGCCCGGUGGCUCAUAGCCAAUGGCAAAGUGAAACAAGCUCAUAGGCAUCUGCUGAGAUGUGCAAGAAUGAACGGAAGGAAAGACUUCUCUGUCUCACCGGAGGCCCUCAGAAGGAUGGCAACAGACAAAAAGCCGGGAGAGAGUUACUCCUACAUCAGCUUAUUCAGGACACCAGUCUUGCGGAAGAUCUCCCUGUGUUCCGGGGCUGUGUGGUUUGGUGUUGCCUUCUCCUACUACGGCAUGAGCAUGAACCUAACGGGCUUUGGGCUCAACAUGUACCUCUCCCAGUUUGUCUUUGGCAUCAUUGAGAUACCAGCCAAGGUGAUCAUGUACUUCCUGGUGAAUCGAGUCGGACGACGGCAGAGUCAGGCGUGGGCACUCAUCCUGACGGGACUAUGCAUAGGAGCCAACGUCAUCAUUCCCAAGCCCUUCACCUCCUUGCGCUCUGUCGUAGCCAUUAUGGGCAAAGGUUUCUCAGAAGCUGCCUUCACCACCGUCUUCUUGUACACCUCUGAGCUCUACCCCACCGUACUGAGGCAGAAUGGGAUGGGGUACACCUCCUUCGUGGCACGUCUUGGCGGGGCUUUGGCCCCCCUUGUGUUUCUGCUGGAUGAGGUGUGGAAGUCUCUGCCCGAGGUGACCUACUGCGGGGUAGCAGUGUGCUGUGGCUCGGUGGCCUUCCUGCUCCCGGAGACACUCAACGUGCGCCUGCCCGAGGGCAUUGAGGACAUCGAGAAGGCACAAGCAAAAGGGCCACCACAAAUCAGUGGUCCCGAGGGCACGCCGCUACAAUCUCUGCCCAAGUGAGGGACACCGUGGGACGGCCAACUAUGUAGGACUGCAAAACUGAGCUGCACUCUGACCUGUCACUAAAAAGAGCCUUUUACCGUCCCCUGAGUCUCUCUCCGCAGGGAAGCGGGGCUGAGGACACUGGAGGAAGGAGGCAGAUGAUGAAACCAGCUGGUGGGACCUAACCCGGUCCACCCACCUAACCCGGGUGGCCAGGAGGAAGAAUGCAGAGAUCCUAGCAGGGUCUGGAAAUAAAGAUGCCCUGCGCUCUCAUGGGACACACGGCGCCUUCCAGAUCACAGCACAGCCUUGAAACCGAAAUCCGUAAGAAAUGCAACGCGGCAAUAAAAAGUACUGAGCAUGAAUUGUACAGAAACCCAAAUAAUCUCAAAUAAAUCUAACCGGACGGUGGACAAAUGAUAAACUGUAGCUACAAGUGUUUCUUGGGAUUUGGAAACGGUCCAGGCAUUUUUCACGCCAAGGACUCAAAGCCAGUAAAAAGCACAUGUAGGAACCUCACUGAGAGCAGGGCAACCAAAAGCAUUUGUCCCACAGACCCAAAGAAGAAACCAAGCUUUUGCAGAUUAUUGCAACUUUUUUUUUUAAAUUUAUUUAUCUUUGCAGAUUAUCUUUUAACAAAAAAGCACCACCUUUGCAACGGGAACUCUUCCGUGGAACAUCGAGCAAUUCAUUAUUUGAUUUCGUUCUGCUUACCGCUUGAUCUGAAAUUCAGGGAGCACCUUGCACACACUCGUGAAAACCACAGAGACAAGCCAUAAAUUUGGAACCCUGACAAAUCGCCCUUUCCUAAACUGGGAAGAGGGAAUGGCCUCCACGUCCCAGGUGGACCGUGAUCCCCUGGGCUGUGGGGUCCCUUAAACUCAGCCAUGCACAGCCCUGCGAGGAUAACACCAACUGAGGAUGCAUCUGAAAGGGUGGAGAGACACCAUCCCAUCCCAUCCCAGGUCCACGAGCGCCUCCUAGUAGAAAUUAUGCAAAAUUUUAGACAUCCCCUUUUUGCUUUAAGGCAACAAAAGGGAAGCAGCUUCCUCAGAACCACCCUAAGGCCGAGACAAUUUCCUGUAUUACUUCUAUCUAAAGGUUGGGCCAAGUAAUCCACCAAAAAUUGGUGGUUUAUUAUACCAGCCUAGAAACACUAAUUAUUGUUCCCCGUCCCCAGUUCUUUCAAGGUGAAAAGCAUUUAAUUAAAAAAUGUUUUGGAAAAGCAUUUCAUUAAAAACAUUUUGAACAAUUUAGCAGGAGAAAAAUGGGAAAGCAACCAGUUUGAAAAUUAAACUUUUCUGUCCAAGGACCACCUCGUGCCGUCAAAGAAGAAAAGGCAGUAACAUCAGCGUGCGGGUCACGACCAACCUACCACACAUCUGGGGGUCCUUCAGCAAAAACGUUCUUGACUUGUUGGUGAGACAUCAUGAUUUAUAGCAACCAACAUGAGACUGAUGUCAUUAGAUCUUAGGAAGAAAUUCUUUGCUGUGAGGGUGGUGAGGCACUGGAAGAGGUUGCCCAGAGAAGCUGUGGCUGCCCCAUCCCUGGAGGGGUUCAAGGCCAGGCUGGAUGGGGCUUGGAGCAACCUGGUCUGGUGGGAGGUGUCCCUGCCCAGGGCAGGGGGGUUGGAACUCCAUGACUUUUGAGGUCCCUUCCAACUCUGACCAUUCUGCGAUUCUAAGAGUUGAACAGGUUAAGAAGAGGAGUAGACCUGUUGGCUCCCCAGCCCUACUGUCCUGUGGCUCAAAGCGCGGUGUCACCCCCGGACACGGACACCCCAACUGAGGUCUGAGGGGAGGAGGAGGAGGAGCUCUCCUUCGGCACCAGUUUAUCACUCCGCUUUCUCAGCAUCCUUCUUCAACUGGACACCAGACCCGCAUGCAGUCUGAGCCGGGGGGUAACAGCCCCUUC